AGAAAAACGAGGUGCCCUGAACGCCUCAUUGUUCUUAUGGAACCACGUUACGACAGCAUCUUGGCUGACACUGGUGCUGUGAGCCUGUACCUUCGUCCAGUUGGGUCUGAAGAUUCCUGAUGCAGGGUCAUGGCCCUGAAGCUCAUCCAGAGAUUUCCGCUGCUCGGGCAGUUCGGGAUUCUCCGUUACCCUCCGGUUGGACCUGUGCUCCCCUCCAGGCUGCUGAGGACCAGGAGUGAAGGCCAGUCCUCAUGUGUAGGCUACGUGCUCACCUCAUCCAGCAGCAAGAAGCUCCAAUCGGACUAUGGGAUAAGAAACCUGACCACCAUCGUCAAGGAGCCAUCCUUCGUCGUCAGCUCUGUGGGUCUCCACAAAGACUCAUCCCCUCGGUUCCGUCUGACCCGGCUGCACCAACCCACCGCUGCAGAGGAUCAGGCCUUCCAGCAGCGCCUCACAAACUGCUCCUCAUCCCGGCAGGUCUUCAAACUGCUGCGCUCCGUGGAGAUCAUGUCUGACACCAUGGCUGCUGCAGCACUUCACCGUGUGGCCGACCUGGAGCAGGAAGGUGCCUCCCUGAAGGACCCCACGGUGCUGGAGAAUGACACCCUCCGAGCCCUGUGCUUCCGGCUGGAGCAGGACUCUGGGUGGCUGACGGAUGCUGGGAUAGUAUCCACACUCUUGGCUGGCACUCGCCUCUUCAUGGACCCUUGGAGCACACUGAUGGUGCGGCUGGUGUCUGAGAGCCAGGAGAGGCUGGACAGAGGGCAGAUGAGCGUGAGGCAGCUGUGUAACCUGGGCCAGGCCAUGCUGGCUAUAGGGGGGUCCAGCUGUGUGAUGCUGGAGCAGGUGAUGAAGCAAAUCCAGGAACCUGCCGAUUGGAGCCUUGAAGAUCUCAUCGCUGCUUAUAUGUUGAUGCAAGGUGGCGUGGGUCAGGAUGGGAAAUACCAUCACCUGCUGAACGCAAUGCACACCCACGCCAGGAAAAUGACCUAUUGCAUGGACCCUCCUGCUGUCAGCGGGCUGCUUGGCGCUCUGGUGUCCCUGAACCAGAUGCAGGCCAUGCCUCUUGUCAUCAGUCUAUGCAAGCAGUCCGUCCACCAUGUCCCCCACUUCGCAGACGAUGAACUCACCGCUGUGCUCGGGGCCCUAAUGCACUUUGGUUACAGCGAUCAUGACUUUGUGGAGGCAAUGGAGAGGUAUGUUCCCCAAAUGGCCUUCACCUCCCACCCUGAGACAGUAACCAUGGUGAUGCAGUUCUUUGGCCGGAGGAACAUCCUGUCAGAGACUGUGUUUGACGCCAUUGCAGAGAGCUUUGUGUACCGAGCGGACGACUACAGCACCAGCCAGGUGACGAGGCAGAUCAUGGCUCUCGGGAAAUUCGGCUACCUUCCUCCCAACGCAGCAGAUGUGUUCAGGAAAGUUGAAACCAUCCUGUGUACACGCUUGUCGCACUUUCAGCCCCGAACGCUGCUCAACCUGCUCCACUCCUGCACCCUGAUGGAGAGGUUCCCUGUUAAUUUUGUCCCCAAAGUUUUCAACAAUUUCUUCCUACAGGAACUGCAAGAGGAGAGCACGGGACUGGACCCGAUCGCCAUGGCACAGCUGACCCAGCUCUACAUGACUUUGAAGCUGGAGUGUCCUAACUACAAGGGUCUCAGGCUCCACCGCAACUACCGGGUCAAGUCUUUCCUCACAUCCGGACGCUCUCUGGAAACCUCAGUGGACGGACAGCUGUACAACUCUGUGAAAAAUGGACUGGUGCGUUUGCUCGGCGCUCGGUCAAACUUUGGAUCCAAAGUUUUGACACCGUACUGCUACACACUGGAUGUGGAGAUCAAACUUGAUGAAGAGGGGUAUGUGCUGCCUGCCAGUCAAAAUGAUGACGUCCACAAAAGGAUAGCUCUUUGUAUCGACGGACAAAAGAGGUUUGCUACAAACAAGAGGCAACUACUUGGAAAAGAGGCUACCAAGCAGAGACACCUGAGGCUUCUGGGAUAUGAAGUUGUUCAGGUUCCUUACUAUGAGUUUGAACUGCAAAAUAAGACCAGUGCCAUUGAGUAUCUGCACCAAAAAAUCUUCCCUCACACGUACAGGAUGAGCUGGUGAUGAUGUCACUCGGUAUGCUGUGAUUGUCUUUUUUUGAGCCCUUUCUUCUAUAAAGGAAUUUGUAUUUAUUUUUUCAAAUAAAUGUAUAUAAAUGAAA